AGCGACGUAGAGGGAGCUGUUUGCAAUCCUGUCCUAGAAGCAGGUUCACACUGAACGAUACACUGGCAGACAGAGCAAAGACUUUGACAUACACUUGAAAUACAAGCACCAGACUUUCUUUGAAAUGGUCUGGAUAAAAGAGGACGUCUGCGGAGUCGCGUGAACGUCUUCGACAAGAAGAUUGUGGAAAUUCAAUUGUGCAGUAGUUGGAGUCUCCUGCUGUCCGACAGUGUCUCCCUGACAGUGCAUUGUGGGAGCUUCCUGCCCCGCUGUGCUGGAGGGAGAAGCCUCAUGCCCCAGCAAUGUGAAUCAAUCAGCUACUUCAGCCCAGCCCCAUACCAAGAACCACGGAAGCCAGCCUCCAAAGCCCAACUCGACUGGAGGUUAGCAAGCAUGCACCUCAAGCCAUACCCCAGCCUUCACAAGAAGGAGUCUAUAGUGGAGGGUCCCCGCAGUCUGCGUGUGGACCAACAGGGUGUUCUCAGGCCUGAGUGGGGCGUGCACCAGUCCUGCCCCCUAGUGGCCUCAUCUGGCAGCGGAUCAGCCAACCGCUGUCCAUUCGGCGUCCUAUCCACCAACACGCUCCACUGCUCCUCCUCAUCCGCAAACACCACCAACACCACCAACCUGAGCAGUGCCUGGGCAGCACGAAAGGGAAAAGGGAACCCCCCAGUUCCCGCCAAGGUGACCAUCACUAGCUCCCUAUUCCUUCUGGCUUCCCCUUUGGGGCUGGAGAACGAAGCAUCGUUGCGGAUAUACCAGAGUGAAGAUGGGGAUGGGCCCCUGGACAUCUGGGCUGUCAUCAAACCAGGCAACACCAAGGAGAAGAUUGCCAUUUUUGCCGGUCGGCAGCGCGGGAGGUUGAGCGAUGGGGGCGGGUUGGGGGAGGCAGCCCCAGUGGGAGAGGGAGGUCCCCAGGAUCCUCGCUUGAUGUGCUUGAUGAAGAGCAAGGGCUGCUGGGUUGAAGAAGAUUGCUCGCUGGCCAAGCGUCGGAGGUUGGGCAAAAUGGACAAAAUGAAAGGCACAGAGACCCUGUCCGAAACCCAAGCCCCCUCUGCUGGAGACUCGGAGGACGGGAUGCUACGGGUGGAAGGGGAGGAAGGGGCCAGGAUUGUCUCCGUGGGUGAAAUGGUGGCUAUACUGGAGCAGAUGGCUAAUGGCGACCAACACAUGGACUCGAAGCCUGUUUCGCUGCGCAGCUCCAGCACCAUUUCACUGCCAAAAUCCCCCGUGCCCUUGUCUGAGCCCAAAGCGUUGGAGUCGGUGGAGGGUCAGGAGGAGUCCGAGAGUGUGCGGGUGCUGGACAUGGUGGCCCGCCUGGAGUCGGAGUGCCUGAAAAGGCAGAGCUCUCGCGAGUCGGGCGAGCUUUCGCGCAACAACAGCCUGCGCCGCAACGUGGCCCGCGUCCUGCUGGCAGGCUCGGAGCCUUAUCAGGGCCCAACACAGCCAGAAUCGCCCACCGACUGCCAGGUGGAGGAUCAGCAUCUAGCAGAAUGCCUGUCAGUGAAGGGGAACAACCAGCCCAAAUCCCAACCCGAGUCCUUGACCUCACCUACCCCUUCUGAGCCGCUUGUGGUCGUGGAGAAAGUUGCUGAGGCCCAGCUAGUGCAGGUGGAGUACAGGGUCACAGAUGCUAGUAAAGACCCAGAACAGGGCUUUGAAGACGCGCGUCCUCCUGGCCCGGAGUUCUCUGGAACAGUGGAGGUUGAGGAGCCGAUGCCCGGCAUGCUGUUCUUCAGACAGUCUCCACCGCCGCCUCCGUCUGAACGGCGAACCCCCCAACACACAGAGACUACUACCCAUCCUAAAAUAUGCAUAACCGUGGAGGCCACAAUUUCCCCCUUGCCUUGGGACUGUACCAAAUCUGGGGGCUUGUCCGGGAUCUCAACAAAAGCUCCUCAGUUACCUGCUCUUGCAGAAAGGGCACAGACUUUGCACGAAGGUGCGGACGAUAAAGGAGGUGAACGUGUGGCUGGAGGUGAGGGCGCAGGCUGUCAUGACGACGACGACGACGAGGAAGAAUGUGACGGCACGGGCCGGGAGGCGGUGACAUUUCCCCUGCGCCGGCAGGUCUCGCACGAGUUCCUGGAGAUGCGCUUCAAGAUCCAGCAGCUCCUGGAGCCCCAGCCGUACCUGGCCGUGCUGCCGCACCACGUCCUGGUGCAGAUCUUCAGCCUGUUGCCCACCCAGGCCUUGGCUGCCCUCAAGUGCACCUGCCGCUACUUCAAGUCCAUCAUCGAGUGCUACGACGUGCGGCCCACCGACUCGCGCUGGGUGUCGGAGCCGCGGUACCGCGACGACCCGUGCAAGCAGUGCAAGAAGCACUACCGACGAGGCGAUGUGUCGCUCUGCCGCUGGCAUCACAAGCCCUACUGCCAGGCCAUGCCCUACGGGCCCGGCUAUUGGAUGUGCUGUCGGGGGGGCCACAAGGACACUCUCGGCUGCAAUGUGGGUCUCCACGACAACCGCUGGGUGCCGACUUUUCACCGCAUGAACAUGCCAAUCUAUAAGAGCAGGGAGGGUGAGGAAGAGGCCUAGUUUGUGUGUGUGUGUUUGUGGUGGAUGUGUUUGUGUGUUUUGAGGGAGAGAAAUGGGACAAUGUAUGGGCAAUGUGCAACAACAAAAAAAAGUGAAAUCAGUAUGCUUUUUAUUUGUGAGGGCUUUUGUGUGUGGCUUCAUGGCUGAGUGUGUAUGCAUCAAUAUGUUGCCAUAUUUUGAGUGUGUACAUUUUUCUUUUUUCAAUGUGUUUCGGGAUGGAUGUGUGAGCAGGUUGCUCAAAAACUCAUUAAGGAAUUGCUGGAUCUCCCCUCAGCCUGUCCUCUCCCAACCUUCUGUCAAUCAUGACCAGCUGGCCCAUGAUGACCCUUCCUCAGGUUGUGGCAGUCGGUCUGCACUUUAAAGUCUGCAAGACUUGCCCAUUUCAACGGCCUCCUUAACAGGGAGCCUGUGGGGCCUGCUUGUUUGAAUGGAUUGUGUGUGGUUUUGUUUGGAGCGAGCAUUAAUUGAGCAUUGACUAAGUUAUAUUUGAAAAGAGCAUCUCUAAUGUUUCUCCUGACUGUUUAUUUGAUGCAUACUAAAGCACCCUGACUUGACAUUUGUUUCCCAGCUAAGCAUUAGAAUCUUUUUUUUGUUUGUUUUUAAAUCAGAAGUUUUCUUUAGUGCCACACACUGGGCAUCCCUGGACGUUUAAUGCUGUGGGCAAGAGUGUAUGUCCAUGCACCCUGCUUGCCUUAAAGGCUUUGUGGAGCUAUAUCAACACACACGACGACCCUCCACCUGGCUUUGCUGAUCAGUCCCUCCCAGCCUUAGGAGCUCAUCCUGGGGAGUGAGAGGGAGGUGGGCGAGUGGUUGGUUGGUUGGUUGGUUUUUCUGAGCUCACCUGUUUACAUUGUACAAAGCAUCAAGUCACACAUCAUAUAUAGAUAUGUAUAUCUACAGGGUGAAGAAAGAUUGCAUGUGUAUAACUUGAAUGCAUUUUCUUUUCUAUCGGUUGAAUUUGUUUCCUUUUUUUACCCAGAAGUGCGUGUGUGUGUGUGCGUGCGCGUGUGUGUGUGUAUAUAUACAAUCAUACAUGAACAUUAAAAAAAAUAUCUGUGAGGUGGGUGUUUCCCAUGCUUGCUGUCAGCUCUGCAGACUGGCCACUGAAAGGCAGGAUUGUGACACCAGUGCUUUCCAUUUCUCACCAAACUUUUUUUUUUGCCUUUUUUAAGGAUGAAAAGAAUUUAAAUAAAUAAAAAUUUUCUUCAAAUGGGAAAGAUGAUCUCCAAAGUGUAUUCCAAUUUUUUUUUUUUUUUUAAAGAUUAUAUUGUAUAAAAGUUCUCUACUGUUCUCUGCCUGUCAAGGCAUUUUACUGUGGUAAAGUGCAUUCAGAGAAAUUUGUCAACGGCUGCUCUUUGCCUUUCCUCUAGUGUGCUCUCGUGUCCUUCCCACAAAGUGUAUGUUCUGUAUGUACAGUAUAUAAGAUGGACUAUAUUCUACAAUGGAUGUUGGGAGAUGUUGGCCUUAAUGGACUUUAUCAAAAGUAUUAACGUCAAUAAAAGACAGAAAUGAAAAA